GAAAUAAGGAGCUCUGCCAGGUAAAGCGUAAUGGAUCCUUUAAAAGUGUUGGUCGUGCUUGUACUCGGAAACAGCCUCACUCAUGCUUUCUUCAGAAAAAUCACUAGAGUAAUUCGAAGGCCGUGUUCUUGGAAAGUGUGUAAAGGGCACGAAUGGAAAAACGACUGGAGCCCAACAAGUAUUCCACAGGGGAAGUGUAUAACGCAAAAUCGCAAAGCACACCAUUCUUACACUGAGUUGAAAGGCAAUCUCAUAUGUCCUCCUACGGUUCCUUGUGCAAAUCUCGAUCAGAAGAGAAGUAUAUGUUCGUGUAAAAAUGCUUAUUACUGUCCGUUCCACGCAUGGUCCGGCUGGUCUGGAUCGGUUCCCCAAGGGACAUGCAAACGUCAGAGUCGUUACCGCGACUACAAUCAACACACCAGAUAUGACAUUAGGGACAACAACUGCCAUGGUAUCUCAAGCAUUUGUGGAAACCGAGAGUACAACUACAGAAACUGGUGCUCAUGCAAGUAUGCGACUUGCUCCCUUGGUGGAUGGACUAAUUGGGCGGAUCUUUCAUCUCCUGUCGGUGGACAUUGUGCCUCCCAGCGCCGUACCAGGAGCUACAGUCUUACUUGGCAAUAUACUGAAAGACAAGACAAUUGCAAUGGUAUUGGACCACAGUCCUGUCCGUCUCCUCAAUCAGAAGAUAGAGAAAAAGUUGUCACUUGUCCUGCCCUUGGAAAUCCGGUACACGGGAGCUGGGAUCGAGAUGAUUGUCGAGCUAACCCACAAGUAUGCAGGUCAGUUUGUCUCCUUCGAUGUGACGUUGUCAAUGGCUUCCAGCUGGAAGGCCCGUCCCAGCGCACAUGUCAGGGAAACGGCCAGUGGUCCACGCCCUGGAAUUCUUACUGUAAAGACGUUCGACCUCCCACCAUUAUUUGUCCAAGUUCGAUUUCUGUGUCUACUGAUCUUGGCAAAGCAACCGCCAAAGUUUGCCUACCCAAAGCCGCCGCCAGCGACAACAGCGGUCAGCAGCCGACGAUCACCACAAGCGUAGGUGCUGAAAGUAAAGACUUCAUAGCUCAAUCAACACCUCACCAAGUGGUGUAUACUGCAAGAGAUGCAGCAGGUUUGGAAUCGAAAUGCACACUUCAAAUAACAGUAUCAGAUACUGAGCGACCUCGUGUUGAUUUUUGUCCGAGCGACAUCAAAAGGGAAAGCGAAAAUGCAGUGCGGGUCACGUGGGAGUAUCCUAGAUUCGAAGACAACCUUGACAAGCCCCCAGUUCAGCUUCUAAUUUCCAGCAAUAGAAAUCCGGGAGUUGAGUUCCCGUGGGGUAUAUAUCCAGUGGUUUACGAGGCCUCCGACAGGGCAGGAAAUAAGGCUAAAUGUGAAUUUACAGUGGAAGUUGGCCCGGUACCAUGCAAGUAUUAUGAUGCUCCGGCGUAUGGAAUACGAGCCUGCAACAAAAAGACAACGGAUUCUAACGGUGUGAAAUAUGAAAUGAUUUGCGUGAUUCAAUGUAAACAGGGAUACGGAUUUUCAGAUCCAACAACACCAAAUACUUACUGGUGUCGAUCGGAUGGAGUGUGGACCAAGCUUUUUUAUGGAAUACAGCAUAUCCCAGUACCCGAUGGUCAACGACCGUGGCCUGAUUGCUCGCCCGAACAAAAUGUGAACGCUGCCAAGAAAAACUUCACCUUCUACACUGGUUCUUGCGAAGAUAACGAGCAGGAAGCAUUGGCACGAAUUCGCCUGAACUUCUUGAAUGCCGUGCAAAAUAGUCCCCUGGCUAACUACGCCUUGUGCGACGUCAGUCAAGGCCAGGACUGUGUGGUUGAAAACGUGAAAGUGUACUGCGGACAGAACUCCAGAAAGAGAAGCGUAGGUGGACAACGCGUCAUCACAUUUGAUUUUGUAAUCAAGGAUAUGAAGGCCUCGUCAGAUCCGAAGGAAGAAGCCCCUAAAAUCGCUAAGAUAAUGAAAGAUCUGGACAGUUUGGAAUCGUAUUUGAGGGGGGAUUUUGCAAACGAUGCACAGAUGCCUGGAAUGCAAAUAUCAGCAGCUGUCAGUUCAGCUGCUUGCCCAGCCGGUAAAGUGAUUAAGGUUGUACCUGGUGAUAGCUCAGAAUUGGAGAGGACUGUCUGCAUCGAGUGCAACGCCGGUACAUUCUAUAACAAGGACACCCACACUUGCCAGAACUGUGCGGAAGGAUCCUUUCAAAAUCGCACCGGACAAUUUUCGUGUGAGCCGUGCCCAGCAGGAAGAUGGAGCUUUGGAGGCCAUUCCAAGAGUUUCAUAGAAUGUUUUGAAAUCUGUGAGCCAGGAGAGUAUGCAAAGAAAGAAAAAUCUGGAGUUAUCAACUGUCUGAUGUGCCCAAUUGGAACGUACCAGCCAAAAUUUCGCGCCACGAAAUGCGAACCCUGUCCAAGUGGAAAAACCACUGCACAGAAAGCUUCUACUUCCAUAAAUGAUUGUCAUUAACCCAGUGGAAGUGAAGCUUUCCUGGUCCCAGGCGAAUGAAAAUUAGCAUACGAGUGUAACUUUAAGCAUCCAAGUGACGAAAAUAAUUUUCUAUGUUUAGACCGUGGAAAUUAUUCAGUGCUGUAGAAGUAGAAAAAUAGCUGUAUAUGGAAUGAAAGGCAAACGGUUCCAAUUAUUUGCCAAGAAAAUAAAUAAUAAUGAA